UCACAGUGCGUGCAGAGGAAACCACAACACUGACCCACAGACAGACAGGAAGGAGGAGCAUUCAUGUGAUGCUAUGACUAUGAAGUGAACAAAGUGAAGACAUCAUUUCACCAACUGUUAGGAUGGAGGACACAUCUCUACUGCAGCUAGUCUUUCUGACCUCACUGCUGAGCAGCACAACACACCAAGCCUCUCUGACUGUGAGUCCCAGCAGCUCUCAGAUGUUUGAAGGACAGUCUGUCUCUCUGAGCUGUGAGGAGGACGACAGCUCUGCUGGAUGGACUCUGAGGAGGAACACAACCAGAGAAACCAGGACUCAGUGUGGACCUGACUGGGGAAGACCUGCUGGUUCUUCCUGUACCUUCAGCGCCAUCCUCCCUUUAGACAGUGGAGUUUACUGGUGUGAGUCCAGAGAGGGAGCAACCAGUAACAGCAUCAACAUCACUGUCUCUGGUGGACCAGUGAUCCUGCAGAGUCCUGUCCUCCCUGUGAUGGAGGGAGAAGACCUCAGUCUGACCUGUAAAACAAAGAGGUCCUCCAAUUUCCUAGCUGGUUUCUAUAAAGAUGGAUCCUUCUUCAGGACUGGGCUUGCAGCUCACAUGACCAUCUACCAUGUUUCCAGGUCUGAUGAAGGCCUCUACAAGUGUCUCAUCAGCAGUGUUGGAGAGUCUCCAUCCAGCUGGGUCUCUGUCUCAGUUCUGACCUCACUGCUGAGCAGCACAACAAACCAAGUCUCUCUGAUGUUUGAUGAUACUACCAUAAGCCCUCCUCCUCCUACGACCGCAACAACAAGCACAACCUCAGGCCCUCCUACGACCACAACAACAACAAGCACAUCCUCAGGCCCUCCUACGACCACAACAACAACAAGCACAUCCUCAGGCCCUCCUACGACCACAACAACAACAAGCACAACCUCAGGCCCUCCUACGACCACAACAACAACAAGCACAUCCUCAGGCCCUCCUACGACCACAACAACAACAAGCACAACCUCAGGCCCUCCUACGACCACAACAACAACAAGCACAUCCUCAGGCCCUCCUACGACCACAACAACAACAAGCACAUCCUCAGGCCCUCCUACGACCACAACAACAACAAGCACAUCCUCAGGCCCUCCUACGACCACAACAACAACAAGCACAUCCUCAGGCCCUCCUACGACCACAACAACAACAAGCACAUCCUCAGGCCCUCCUACGACCACAACAACAACAAACAACAAAACCUCAGGCCCUCCUACGACCACAACAACAACAAGCACAUCCUCAGGCCCUCCUACGACCACAACAACAACAAGCACAACCUCAGGCCCUCCUACGACCGCAACAACAACAAGCACAUCCUCAGGCCCUCCUACGACCGCAACAACAACAAGCACAACCUCAGGCCCUCCUACGACCACAAGCCCUCUGCCGCCCCCUGACACAACCUCAGCUCACCUCCCCCUUGCGGUCAGACUGGUCGUCUACCUGGAGGUGUUCUGUCCGUUCUGCAUCUCUACUUUCCUCAUGGUGUCUUUAUAUCGACGCAGGACCAGAGGAAACGGCCUACCUGUCGCCAUGGUGACGACCUCCCCCACCCAGGCUGAGGAGGGAUUGGAUGAUGAAUAUGAGAAUGACAUCACCGCUGUCACCAGAGAGCAUCACUUCUGA